UGCAGCGGUCGUAAAUCGCUACUUUGGAAACACUUGGCUCAGUUGGUUAGUAAAUAUGAGAUGUGUAACCACCCUCUUACGUAAUAUGUCCCUUAUUUUGGUUUCUGAAAGACGUUUAUCUCCGCCGUACCGUUCAAGCAAAUUCCCACUGGAUGUGUCUGGAAUCGACGGAAACCACGAUCUCAACUGGCCAAUGUCGUCCAGUAUGCUCUCACAUGCAGCGGCAGAGCGUAUCACGAGACUUGAUCCGUGAUAUCACUUCAUCUGCCCUUGGUGGUGAGAAUCGACCUGUCACAUAUCGAGGUGCCAGAUGUGUAGCUGCCAACGGCUCAUCGAAACAGAGUCAAUGGACCCCACAGAACACCAUUGACCCAUAUCCUCAUACGAGCUCCCACUCUCCUUCAACUCCAAACCGGUCUGACGGUAAGAUCGACCAAGACAGACCGGAGGCAGGUGAAACGAGUCUAAGCAUCGGGGUGGGAACAACAACCAAUGCGUCGAACGGACGGGCCUUGAAAGAGACGAAAACAGAAUGGGAUGCGUUAGCGAAGAGCACUGUACGUGCACUCAUUUGCCAACGGUGUGCUUUGUGUGUGAUGACUUCAUUCCUCGAUCCGAUAAUAGUUCAGGCUCCUAACCGUCCAGGACCACGGGACAACGAACGCUACGUUGGCCGUGGAAACUGCGAUGUGGUCGUAUGAUAGACAACGUUGCAAAAAUUGUCAAAAAGAUGGAAGGGCCGAAAAGCGAAGGAAAUGUUGUCUUGACGAGGCCGCAAGCCCUGGGUUAUCGAAAUGCGUAGGUUGUUGAAGGAGUCUGAUGUCGAAUCAAGGUGAAGACUGCGGGGACUCGGUAGGAAACCCGACAAGCCGGUUCAACGAAGAGGGGCACUUUCACUUUACAACCACACUUCCCGCGACUUUAUGCUGAUCAACCAGUGCGAAGGGGUCGGUUGGAUGCUCCAGUCCUGUUGGAAGCGGUUCUGGCAGUUGGAAGGAAGUGAGGAUGAAAUAAAAAAUCCCACUCUUUUUG